UCCUUCUAAGAUUUUUUUGUAUCUAAUUGUAUAUAAAGGGCGCCAUUCACUUUCUCGUAUAUAAGCCACGCGAGAGGAAAUCAAACCGAAUAGAACCAUAUAUAAUUUCUCAAAGUGGAAGAUGGAGGGGCUGAGAGGUUCGAGGAGAGUGGCAACCGCAAUGGCGAUGAUGGCCGUGCUGGUAGUCGUCUCAACUGUAUCAGGGGUGGAAUGGCAGGAUAAAAUUCAAUGGUGCAGCUUUGCGUGCUCCCUCCAGUGCUCCUUUGUCCCGGACCAGAACGUCUGCCUAAUACAGUGUCUGAAAAACUGUGGGGGCGGGGCUGCGCUGCUCGGGCCCCUUGGCCACUGCAAUGUCGGUUGCAUAAGAUCUUCCUGCUUGGAUUCACAUCCAGAUGCUGAGAAGAUGCAUAGCUGCAUCUCGUCCUGUUCAAAUGGGUGCAACGAGGUUUAUGUCUCUCACUAGAAUUUGGAAUGUUUACAUAAACGGAAUUAGGAAGCUAUAAAAGGGAACCAAAUGAAUAAAUUCUGUAUCCGAGUUAACAUUUCCUCAAGCUUGUUUAUGGUGU